AUAGAGAAAAUAAAAAAAAAAACACCAAAACAAAGCUUCUCGGAGAUUUUUGCCGGCGACUUCUGAAACAACGUCUCCGAUGAGGUCUUCGAGUGGUCAAAACGGGAUGAGGGAGAACAACAUCUUCCCGGAAAACACAAUGCACCCGCAAUUUCUUGAAGUGACUCCAUUGAACAGUUUGCCUUACAUUGGUCCAGUAACUCAUGCAUCAAUGUCGAGUAACUGGGCAAAUGAGAAUGCAGAGAGAGUAGGAGGGCCAGCGAUGAUAUUUCUGCCUUCUGAAUCAACUCCAGAGUUUAAUAGCAUUAUCAGUCAAAUAAAAACCGGAGUUGCUCUUACAGGAAGCGCAGCCAUGGGGAAGAUUGGACCAACGGUUGGUUUGGUUGAUAUUGCUGAAUCCGAGGACUCAUACUACUUUCGUGUUUCAUUACCUGGUGUUUCAAGAGAUGAGAAGGACUUCAGCUGUGAAAUAGAACCAGACGGUAAGAUUCUGAUCAAGGGAACAACAACGACUGGGGAGAGGACAAUUUGCAAACACAAUCAGAUCUUCAAAAUGCUAACACAGAACCUAUGCCCUCCAGGCCACUUCACCAUCUCCUUUCAGCUUCCAGGUCCUGUGAGCAAUGAGGAAUUUAACGGUAAUUUUGGAUCAGAUGGUGUACUUGAGGGCGUGGUGAAGAAGAUGUACGACGAAGACUGAACAGAAUAACAAAAGUGGAGAUGGAUUUGUUAAGUUUUAAAGUAAGCUAGAAUCAUUGCAACUUAUGUAGGAGUUUAUUUUUGUUGUAAGCUACAUUGCCAUUAGAAAGAUUGUUUGAUUAGUUUGAUGUUGCUUCGUAAAAACUUGAAACUUCAUAUGCCUGAUUAAAGAUAGAUUGGAGAUACUA